AUAAGGAAACUGAGGCACAGAAGAAUCAGAUAACUGCCACAUUCACUGUGCUAGGAGGUGAUGGAACCUGGAUUGCAUGUCAAGAUCACACAGACUCCUCUACAGACCACCCAGGUGUGGAAACUGGAGCCCAGAGAGCAUAAGUAACCUGUCCAGAGACACACAACACACAAAUAGUGCGCUUCCAAAGCUCAUGCUCGCUCUGACCCAGGCCGCUGCUCAGAUAAAAAACUUACCGGAUGGGACAUGGUGGAGUAAGCACCCGAGAAACGGGUGCGAUUAUUCUUUUCUUCCUGCACCUUCAGGGCGGGCUGCACGAAGGCGGCGGCCAGGCCGUGUGCAUUCCCCGGAAGCUUUCUUAAUGCAAAGGGUCAGAGCGCGGCGGUCUGGGGCUGGAGCCGCUGCCCCCUCCACGUGCUCCCCGAUUCCCGCGCCUGGUGGUUCUCCCCGCACUCUGGCGCCGCAUCCCGCUGGCUCUCCGCUCCCAGCCCGUGCUGCCACGCUUGGGCGCCCCGCACUGGGGACAUCCCUCCCAGUUCUUCCCAGCCUCUCUGGGAGCCGGCGAGGGGGCUCCGCCAAGACGCCCCUGCUAGGCUGGCAGCCCGGGUGCUGGCCCCACUCCUGGCGAACCCGCCUCACCUCCUGGCGCUCCUGUUGCCGCUGCUUGCGCUGGCCCUCGGGUCGACCCCGGCCCGAAGCAGCCCGCAGGCGGCGCGCCCUGCGCCGGAGCCGGCCUUCCUGCCUCGGGGCCGAUUGCUUUCUUCUGGGAAUUGAGCCAGUUCCUGCUGGGUUGGGACGCCUGCUGGCAUCGGAGACCUCUAUUCACCGCCCGUAGUCUGCAUUCAUUCUUUCUUUCCAUGACCCAGCCUUACCCGACGGCCACCAGACGCCGCGCAGGCCUGGGUGGGGCGGCGCUCGGAGGACCCCAGCAGGCGCAUGGGCCAGGGCUGUGCUCUCCAAAACUGGCCAAGAGCCACAUCAUCUAAUCCUAAGAGAGAUGCAAGUCCUCUAAUGAUUAUCAGUAACUACGAGAUAAAUGCAAAUCAAAACCAUAAUGAGAUAUUGGAACAGGAAUUAAAAGAAAUUAAAGAGUGCAUAAGCAGAAACUCAGUUGUAUGUAAGAAAACUCAAUUCCCCCUGAGAAAGAGAAAGAGCUGGAGUCCUUUUAAAACUAACUGCCUAUUUUUCUGUGGCUAGUGAGCCUUCUCUCUCCUCCUUUCCCAGGCAUUGUGAAGACCCUGAUUCCCUAGCUGUGUAGCUGCAAGGUCACUAGACAGAUAAACUCAAGUAACAAAACAUGUUUUUCCUUGAAAAGUAAGAAAUGAUGUAAUGCAUGCCUCAAUUGAAUAACUGCCUUUGUUUCUCGCUUCUGUAGUAUGCUUCCCCCUGCACAGAUCUCCCUACCCCUACGAAAUGCUUAAAAGUUAACUUAACUCUUUGUUCAGUGCUCAGUCCUUUGCAUGUUAAUCCGACUGGGCCGGUGCACCUAAAUAAUUAAUAAAUAUCCUCCUG